GAAAAGAGCGGACUCUAAACAAAUAUCCAAUCCCCUUUUAGUUUUUCAAAUUACACACCGAACCGUCUCUCACACACUACUACUACUAGUAACUUCACACUUCACUCACAAUUCACAAAUCAGAAAUCAGAAACUGAAACUUCCCUCUCUCUCUUCUCUCGCUUUCUCCUCUCUCGAAUUCUCAAUCUCAAUCGAAGAUGAGAGAGAUCAUCAGCAUUCACAUUGGUCAAGCCGGGAUCCAAGUCGGUAACUCCUGCUGGGAGCUUUACUGUCUCGAACAUGGCAUCCAGCCUGACGGCAUCAUGCCUUCCGACUCCUCCUUCGGCGUCGUCGCUCACGACGCCUUCAACACCUUCUUCAGCGAAACCGGCUCCGGUAAACACGUCCCUCGCGCCGUCUUCGUAGAUCUCGAACCCACCGUCAUCGACGAAGUCCGCGCCGGCACCUACCGCCAACUCUUCCACCCCGAACAACUCAUCUCCGGCAAGGAAGACGCCGCCAACAACUUCGCCAGAGGCCACUACACCGUUGGCAAGGAAAUCGUAGAUCUGUGCCUCGAUCGUGUCAGAAAGCUCGCUGAUAACUGUACCGGACUCCAAGGCUUCCUCGUCUUCAACGCCGUCGGUGGAGGAACCGGCUCCGGUUUGGGUUCUCUCUUGCUCGAACGGUUAUCCGUCGAUUACGGCAAGAAAUCCAAACUAGGUUUCACCAUCUACCCUUCCCCUCAGGUUUCCACGGCGGUUGUGGAGCCUUACAACAGCGUUCUCUCGACGCAUUCGCUCCUUGAGCACACUGAUGUGGCUGUGCUGUUGGACAAUGAAGCGAUCUAUGACAUUUGCAGGAGAUCUCUUGAUAUUGAGAGGCCUACGUACACGAACUUGAACAGGCUUAUCUCUCAGAUCAUUUCCUCAUUGACUACCUCUUUGAGGUUUGAUGGUGCGAUCAAUGUAGAUAUCACUGAGUUUCAGACUAACCUUGUGCCUUAUCCUCGUAUCCAUUUCAUGCUUUCGUCCUAUGCGCCGGUUAUCUCUGCUGCUAAGGCCUACCAUGAGCAGCUUUCGGUGCCUGAGAUCACCAAUGCGGUGUUUGAGCCUUCCAGCAUGAUGGCGAAGUGUGAUCCUAGGCAUGGGAAGUACAUGGCUUGCUGUUUGAUGUACAGGGGAGAUGUUGUUCCGAAGGAUGUCAAUGCUGCUGUUGCCACCAUCAAAACUAAGAGGACUGUUCAGUUUGUUGAUUGGUGCCCAACUGGUUUCAAAUGUGGUAUCAACUACCAGCCUCCUUCAGUUGUACCUGGUGGUGACCUUGCUAAGGUGCAGCGGGCUGUUUGCAUGAUCAGUAACAACACUGCAGUUGCUGAGGUGUUCUCUCGCAUUGACCACAAGUUUGAUCUCAUGUAUGCCAAGAGGGCCUUUGUCCACUGGUAUGUUGGUGAGGGUAUGGAAGAAGGGGAGUUCUCAGAAGCUCGUGAAGAUCUUGCUGCUCUUGAGAAAGAUUAUGAGGAAGUUGGUGCUGAGGGAGCAGAUGAUGAAGAGGAAGGAGAGGACUACUGAUUGCUUUAAUAUUUUGUGACUCAAGACAUUUUCCUUAUAAUUGUUUCAAGUAAGGAGGGCAAUGCUUCGUUACAUUGCCCUCCACCCGUUUUGUUCUUUUUUGUUCAUGUGUGAUAUAGUUCCCAUUAUUCAAUCUGUGAAAUGGCCAACAUUAUGUUUCUGAUUUAGGAUAUGCUGUUUGCGACUUCAGUUGUGUUCAUGUCAAAAGUUGAUUUUCGAUAAGUUUACUCAAUUUCUGCUA